AUGACAUCCUCAUCCCCCCUUCUUGUCCUUCCGGGUGACCCAAUCUCCUACCCACGCCAACAAUCCCAUCAGACUGGCCCCACUAAGCUCUCGUCAGGCUUAAAUUUUCUAGAAACUCCCGCCAACAACCCCUCCACCUCCAUAAUCAUUCCAACCCAAGCAGGCCUCAUAACCAGCGACGCCAAACGCAACACGCUUACCCUCCACUCCUUCCCACAACGCCGCUACAUCCCCUCCCCUAAUGACUUAAUAAUCGCCCAAAUCCACCACACCAGCGCGGACUACUUCCACUGCACCAUAACCCCGCACACCCCUCCCGCAUUCCUAGCCCAACUAGCCUUCGAAGGCGCUACGCGCAAAACCCGGCCGUUCCUCAAACACGGCGACCUCGUCUACGCGCGCGUCUUAUCUACCGGCAUCGGCAAUGCAGGCGGGGAGGUGGAGCUUACGUGUGUGAAUCCCGCGACGGGGAAGGCGGAGCCGGGUGGUCUGGGGCAAUUGAUGGGUGGGAUGGUGUUUGAAAUUUCGACGGGGUUGGCGGAGAGGUUAAUGAUGAGGGGUGGGAGUGAGGGGGGAAGCGGAAUUGUGGUUUUGGAGGAGCUAGGGAGGAAGUUGGAGGGUCAUGGUGGAUUUGAAGUUGCGGUUGGGAGGAAUGGGAGGAUCUGGGUGGAUUGCUCGGCUGCGAAGAAGGGGGGUGGGGAUGUGGAUGCGGCGAAGGGGGUGAGGAUUACGGUUGCGGUUGGGAGGUGUUUGAGGGAGACGGAUGAGAAGGGUUUGGGAGUGACAGAGCAGAGGAAGUUAAUAGGAAGGGUGUUGAGAGAGAUGGGAUUGGGGAGUUAG